AACUCUAUAAAAACCUAAACCCUUUCCAUUCUCAGCCUUCUUCUUCUCCCCUUUUGAUUUCUAGGGUUUCUUUCUAUAUACAAUUCCCCAUUGUCUUCGCUCUGCCUUUUCUCAUUGCUUCCGUUUCUUUCUCAUAUUCUUCUAUUUCAAGCUCUUUUUUCAUUUGGUGGAGAUUCAUAGGCGUUCAAUCUAUUCUUUGCAUUCUCAAGAGAGUUUUGGGAUUCAUAAAUAAAAAUUAGUGGGUGUAUCAAAAUCUCAAGCUUUUCCUUCUGCAUAAAUGAUGUUCGGUUACGUCAUAUAAAUGCAGUGUAGGAUUGGAGAUGAAAAGUUUUCCGGAAUCGUUCAUUUGAUGGACUGCAUACGCCAUUGCAGUGACAAGAAAACUCUAAAGAAGUGGUUUUUCAUUGAUAAAAGGGUCGGAUAAACAGUAAUAUAGUCUUGUAGGAGUGAAACCUGUGAAUAUUAGUGUCUUUGACCAACCAAUCGUUGCUUGGGAGUAUUACAUUUUUUCGCUUUUAGGUAUCAUAAACCCGAACUUUAUCUGCUUUAAAUGGACAUGAAGUCUAACCAUGUGGCAUCUGUUCUCACUGAUCCCGUACCAAUGUCCAAGUCCAGAUUAGGCAUUCACUCCAGUCUGUUACCUUGCUCCCCCACGGGAAUGUCGUUAUCUCCUGUACUGUAUUUAACAAUUCCUAGAAAGAAACCCAUACUUGGAAUACUUGAUGAUGUUCGUUCCGGCGGUUGGUUGGAUGCCAUGAAAUCCUCAUCACCUCCUCCGAAGAAGAUGACGAAAGAAUCUAGUACUGUUUCAGAUGAAAAUGAAGUUGAAUAUAGUUCCUGGCUGCAGCUCAAAUAUCCAUCAGCACUUGCGUCUUUUGAAAGAAUUGCUCUUCAUGCAAAGGAUAAGAGGAUUGCCUUGUUUCUGGAUUAUGAUGGGACACUAUCACCAAUUGUAGAUAACCCGGACCGUGCUUUUAUGUCAGAUGCUAUGCGUUUGGCUGUAAAAGAGGUCGCUAAGCAUUUUCCGACAGCUAUAAUUAGUGGAAGAAGUCGUGAUAAGGUAUAUGAUUUCGUAGGACUAACUGAACUUUACUAUGCUGGAAGUCAUGGGAUGGACAUCAUGGGCCCUGUCAGAAGCCCCGAGUCUGUUGAUGACCAUCUAAACUGUAUUAGAUCUACUGACGAGCAGGGUAAGGAAGUAAAUCUUUUCCAGCCUGCAAGUGAGUUUUUACCGAUGAUUGACGAGGUUUUUAGAUCCCUUGUCAAGAAAACUAAAGCAAUAAAAGGUGCUACUGUUGAAAAUAACAAGUUUUGCGUCUCUGUGCAUUACCGAAAUGUAGAUGAGAAGGAUUGGACGACAAUUGCACAACGUGUGAUUGACUUAUUGAAACGCUUUCCUCGUCUACGACUGACUCAUGGACGGAAGGUUUUAGAGGUCCGCCCUGUGAUUGACUGGGACAAAGGGAAAGCUGUGGAAUUUUUACUUGAAUCUCUUGGUCUGAGUAAUUGUGAUGAUGUGCUCCCUAUAUACAUUGGAGAUGACCGAACGGAUGAGGAUGCAUUUAAGGUUUUGCGUGAAGGUAACCGUGGUUUUGGCAUUUUAGUGUCAUCAAAACUGAAAGAUAGCAAAGCCUUCUACUCCCUGAGGGAACCAAAUGAGGUUAUGGAGUUUCUCAAUUCCUUGGUGAGAUGGAAAGCAUCAUCAGGGGUAUAAUUUGCAAAUUAAUAUAGGGCAUACGGAGAAAAUAUACGUUUUAUGUAUAUAACUAUAUCAUGUUCUGAGGUUCCUAAGAAAUAAAUCAGUUUUGCUGGACAAGCAGCCAUUGAAGAAAUGGAAUGAAUAUCAGGUUAUGGAACUGCUUAAGGUCGAGAGAAUUGUGUGCUUCUUUCCACCUCUUGUGGCCCGGCAGUAGUUUUCAUUUAUUAAAUACAAAUCAGCUUUUCAUUUACUUGUUUUCUUUUUACUUUCAACUGCAAUUUUGUUACUGGUGUUAUCUAACCUAUAUAUCAAAGGUAGAUUUUGUCAAA